AUGCUACUCUUUACCUUGUUUCUGGCGUGUCUCGCUUCGUCUAUCGGUAUCGCCCGCCAGGCCCCUGACACCCGAAUCAAAAUCUCUUCUUCUGUUGUUUCUCUGAAUGGCCUGCCUCCUCUGAUGGUUCCAGUUUCUGCAACUGUAGCUUCCACUGCUUGGAUCAAGGACUUUCUUCUGUUCUACUCCAAAGACGCUGAGCUUCUGGCGUUGUCGGUGCCGGUUGAAAAGAAACCCUUGCGAACAAAGAUCACCAAUUACGGGUCCGUGUUGGCUAAUGAGGGAGACUUAUCCUCGUUUACAAGACACUUGGUGGAACUGCUGAGGGAAGAGUAUGCCGAAAAGAAGCCCAAGAAUAAUCGUGCAAAGCCGGCGGUUAUCGAAUUGGAUAUUGAACAAUUCAUUUCUUACUUGAUUGAACAUAAGGGCUUCACGGAGAAGCAACUUAAUUUCCUUCGAAGACCUGAACUCGAUUACGGCUAUGAGUCCAUAGAAAGAGAACUUACACAGAUCAGGCGCCAACAGACCCCUCAGAAACACAUAUCCAUCGGCGGCGAGAUCUCAGCAGGCUCGUUGCCUAGCCGGCCUUCACUUUUUAUAUGGUCCUUGAUUCUUCUUCUAUCUUAA